UGAAGAGCAGCAGAAGCGGCCGCACACAGCCUUUCAUUUGACAAUUUAAUUUGUGUUUGGAAUCACCAUUCGAGGAGAUUCAUUGUGCAAAAAAAUCAUUUGUUUAAAAUUAUCAUCCAGAAAAAAAAGAUUCUAGAAUCCCGUAAAAAUCGAAAAUCAUGACAUCAUCAGCCGGUCAAUCAAAAAAACGUGUUUGCUAUUAUUAUGAUGGUGAUAUUGGUAAUUAUUAUUAUGGCCAAGGACAUCCAAUGAAACCACAUCGUAUUCGUAUGGCACAUAAUUUAAUUCUUAAUUAUGGUCUUUAUCGUAAAAUGGAAAUCUAUCGGCCACAUAAAGCAACACAAGAAGAAAUGACUAAAUAUCAUAGCGAUGAUUAUAUUCGAUUUUUAAAAAGUAUUCGACCGGACAAUAUGAGCGAAUAUAAUAAACAAAUGCAAAGAUUCAAUGUUGGUGAAGAUUGUCCAGUUUUUGAUGGCCUGUAUGAAUUUUGUCAAUUAUCAGCCGGUGGUUCAGUUGCCGGUGCUGUAAAAUUGAAUAAACAAGCAACCGAUAUUGCUAUCAAUUGGGGUGGUGGUCUGCAUCAUGCAAAAAAAUCCGAAGCUUCUGGAUUUUGUUAUGUAAACGAUAUUGUAUUGGCUAUUUUAGAAUUACUUAAAUAUCAUCAACGUGUACUUUAUAUUGAUAUCGAUAUUCAUCAUGGUGAUGGUGUUGAAGAAGCAUUCUAUACUACUGACCGUGUUAUGACAGCAUCAUUUCAUAAAUAUGGUGAAUAUUUCCCCGGAACUGGUGAUCUUCGAGAUAUUGGUGCCGGUAAAGGCAAAUAUUAUGCUGUUAAUUUUCCACUUCGUGAUGGUAUCGAUGAUGAAGCUUAUGAAGGAAUUUUUAAACCUUUGAUCUCAAAAGUUAUCGAAAUGUUUCAACCAAGCGCUAUUGUUUUACAAUGUGGUGCUGAUUCACUUUCCGGAGAUCGUUUAGGUUGUUUUAAUCUUACCUUGAAAGGUCAUGGUAAAUGUGUUGAAUUUGUUAAAAAAUUCAAUUUACCAUUGCUAUUAGUUGGUGGUGGUGGCUAUACAAUACGUAAUGUUGCACGUUGUUGGACAUAUGAAACGGCUGUUGCUUUGGAUACUGAUGUUUCGAAUGAAUUACCAUACAAUGAUUAUUUUGAAUAUUUUGGACCAGAUUUUAAACUUCAUAUCAGUUCAUCAAAUAUGACUAAUGCAAAUUCACCGGAUUAUUUGGAAAAGAUUAAGACACGUUUGUUUGAAAAUCUUCGUAUGUUACCACAUGCACCGGGUGUACAAUCACAAUCAAUACCGGAAGAUGCUGUAGAUGUUGAAAUGGAAGAAGAAGAUGAAAAACAAAAUCCCGAAGAACGUAUUAGUAUUCGUGCAUCGGAAAAAAGAAUACCAAAUGAAAAUGAACAUUCCGAUAGUGAAGAUGAAGGUGAUAAUCGUAAAGAUUCACGUUCAUAUAAAAAAACGAAAAAAGUUAAAAUUGAAAAUAAUUCAAAUUUGAAUAAUGAAAAAGAUAAAAAAGAAUCAAAUGAAAAUAAAGAAAAAUCUGCAACGAAUACAACUGCUACUGCUUCGACUACCGCCACCACCACAAGCACCACUGGUGGUUCUUCAGGUGGAUCAAAUUCUGAAACAACAACAACAACUACACCAUCAUCAACGGCAGCAGCGGCUACUACCGUUACUGAAAAUACUGAAGAGACAAAAAAAUAAGACAGAUUUCAUUAUAAAAAAUAAUCAAUUUUUUUUUCAUUCAUUUCAUUUCAUUUAGCAUAU